AUGCCACGACCAACCCCGUCUGCCUCGACGCUCUACAGACACGCUCUUCAGGCGAGAAGAGUGCGCUGUGGAACUCUACAAACCAGGGCGGUCUCGUCACAAGUCAAGCCAAUCGAGCUGCACUUUGACAAGGUCGUACCGCCAGACGGGAAUGAGACUCAGAACCCGCUAGUCAUCCUGCAUGGCCUUUUUGGUACGAAGAGGAAUUGGGGUUCUCUGUCGAAGGCGUUCGUCAAGGAGAUCAACCGUCCGGUCUAUGCCUUGGAUCUCAGAAACCACGGAACAUCUCCGCAUGCAGAACCACACACUUACUCAGCCAUGGCCACUGACGUGCUCAACUUCUGUCGCACACACCGCUUGACCAACAUCUCCCUGCUCGGGCAUUCCAUGGGCGGCAAGGUAGCCAUGACCGUCGCACUAGAUCCCGAAACACCAUCCGACCUGCUCUCACACCUCAUAGUAGCGGACAUCGCACCCGCACGCGGCGCGCUCUCGAACGAGUUCCAAGCCUACAUCCGUGGCAUGAAGCAGGUCGAAGCCAGCCAAGUGAACACGCGGCGCGAAGCGGACCAGAUCCUCAAAGACGUCGAGCAGGACACGAUGACGCGCGCGUUCCUGCUCAUGAACCUCGAGCAUCCGACUGCGCACCACCCGCACCCGCUGAAGUUUCGCAUACCGGUCGACCUCCUGGGCAAGUCCAUACCCGAACUUGGCAGUUUCCCAUAUCUGCCUGGAGAGCGGACGUGGGAGGGUCCGACGUUGUUCAUCAAGGGCGAGAAGAGCAAAUACAUAAACAAGCACAACAUUGACAUCGCGAAGGCAUUCUUCCCGAACAUGGUGCUUGAGAAACUUGACGCUAGUCACUGGGGUGUUAACCCUGCUGAUUACCUUCACAGACCAAACGAGUUCAAGGCGCUCGUAACGAACUUUAUCAAGAGUCACUGA